AUGCAGUCACCUUGUUUAAACGACUUCCCUGAAGCAUUCCUUCUUCAAGGCUGCUGUCCAGGCCCUCUCCUGGGCUAUCCUGAGCCCCUCAACAAACCUCCUGACAGCAAGAAAUCGUCAACCCUCUCCGCUGCCGCUACCACCUUGGCCACCAGUCGUCGGAACUUCACCACUGCAACUAAUUCAUCCAUUUCCCCCACAACCCAGUUCACAAAUCCCGACUCUCUACCCUCUCUGCUCGAUGCAUUCACAGAGUUCGCCAGAGCUUACCCGCACUACUCCGCAACGCACGAAGUGGAUAAGAUUCGAAGCAAAGAUUACCAGCACCUCUCGAAAUCCAACCACACUUGCCUUGACUACAUCGGCAUUGGCCUCUUCUCCUAUUCCCAAGUGCAAUCAGGUGAUCAGAUAGAACAAGACAUCGGUACUUCUUCAUCUUAUGCUUCUCCUUCACCACAACUUCAAAGUUCGAAUCUUCCCUUCUUUACCGUGUGUUACAAGACAGGGAGUCUGAAGACACAACUCCUCCAUGGUGGUCAGGAAUCGGAACUUGAAUCCGCCAUGAAGAAAAGGGUCAUGAGUUUCCUCAAUAUAUCAGCAAAAGAUUACAGUAUGGUUUUCACUGCGAAUAGGACUUCUGCUUUCAAACUUCUUGCGGAGUCUUACCCUUUCAAGUCCUCUAGCAAGCUCCUCAGUGUCUAUGACUAUGAAAGCGAGGCGGCGGAAGCCAUGACUAAAAUCUCUGAAAAGAAAGGAGCCAAAAUCAUGUCAGCAGAAUUCAAUUGGCCUAGGCUGCGGAUUAACUCAACCAAGCUGAAGAAGAUGCUUGUGAGGAGUAGAAAGAAGAAGAGGAAAAGAGGGCUUUUCGUCUUCCCGCUUCAUUCGAGGAUGACAGGAGCUAGAUAUCCAUAUUCAUGGAUGAGAACGGCCCAGGAGAAUGAGUGGCACAUACUGAUUGAUGCUUGUGCAUUGGGACCAAAGGAUAUGGACAGUUUCGCUCUCACCCUCAUUCGCCCAGAUUUCGUCGUCUCUUCCUUCUACAAGGUCUUUGGGGAGAACCCAUCAGGGUUCGGAUGUCUCUUUGUCAAGAAAUCCACCAUUCCUUUUCUGGAAGAUUAUACAGGUGCUGGAAUGGUGAGCCUCCUUCCAGGAAAGAAGAUCCAUUUGCAGGAUGAACCUUCUGGUGGAGAUGUUGAAGUUGAAUACAUGCCGAAGCUCGGGUUGGAAGAAGAAGCUGAGUUGGAUACAUCAAAUUCUUUCUCAGGUCCCAUACUAGAAAAAGGAGAAGCUCCAGAGAGGCAAACUGCAGAUAUAUCUGUCAAGAACGAAGAGUCGGAAACUACUGGAACAUGGACACAAGCUAGCAUUGUUCAUGCAGAGAAGUCUGGAUACAGAAAUAAGCAAAUAUCAAAGAUUGAAUGCAGGGGUUUGGAUCAGGUGGAUUCAUUAGGGCUGACUGAGAUCAGUAGCAGAGGAAGGUGCUUGAUCAAUUGGCUGGUGAACGCUUUGAUGAAGCUUAAGCAUCCAAACACACAGGAAACUCCCCUUGUAAGAAUAUAUGGACCAAAAGUGAAAUUCGACAGGGGGCCUGCUUUGGCUUUCAAUGUAUUUGAUUGGAAAGGAGAAAAGAUUGAAGCUACCCUGGUGCAGAAAUUAGCUGAUAGGAGCAACAUUUCUCUUGGCUACGGAUUCUUACACCACAUCUCAUUCCCAGACAAGUAUGAAGCAGAGAAGGCAGCAGUUCUGGAAACCAAAGGAAGUCCAGGGAAGGGAAUGGCAACAAAAAGGAAAAAAGAUAAACGGGACUUGGGAAUCAUGGUUGUCACAAUUGCACUUGGGUUCUUGUCAAAUUUUGAGGACACUUACCGGCUUUGGGCUUUCACAGCUCAGUUCCUAGAUGCUGACUUUGUGGAGAAAGCAAAUUGGCGGUAUACAGGUCUAAACCAGAAAACUGUUGAAGUGUAA